CUGACCAUCUCGAUGUCUGCUGCUGCUGUCUCCUCAAGGAAGGCUGCCCCAAGGACAAAGGUUGCCCCAAAGACCAAGGCUGCGGGAGCACCAAAGCCUGCUCCUGCUCAUCCGACCUAUGCUGUCAUGGUCGCCGAUGCGAUUGAACAACUCAAGGAAAGAUCUGGCUCAUCCAAAACUGCAAUACUGAAGUACAUGACUCAGCACUACAAUCUGGGCGAUAAUGUCACCAUGAUAAACGUCCAUGUGAAACGUGCGAUCACGCGAGGGUUGGCUAAGGGAGAACUGCAACAAGUUACGGGAAUGGGAGCCACGGGAAGCUUCAAGCUUGCUUCUAGUAACAAACAGAAAAAUCCAGUCUCACCGAAAGAAAAAAAGCCAAUCGCCAAGAAGAUCACUGAUCAACUCAAAGCUCCCAAAAAGAUGGCUAUAAAACCCGCGGUUGAGAAGAAGUUGAAGGUUGCUACCAGUGCUGCGGCUAAAACAAAAGCCAAAGAGCCCGUCCAGCCUAAACCCAAAGCGAAGAAGAGCGUGAAAGCUACAAAGAAGCCCGUUUCUUCCACCAAGGCUUAACUUUGAUUCCAUUUACUGACUUCUUCUACUGAUUAUUAGAUGUAUAUACUUACACUAUGAAUGAAGGCAAAAAAUGAUGGU